CUUCUCGGCCUCGGCAACAAAUAGCAAGAUGUUUCACCCUAACUGGAUUAACGUCCUAUCGACAAUGGCACUUUAAUGCUUCAUUGAUAUCGAGGGUAUCGCUAACGUAUAAAAUAGAAACAAACAGGGUCUACUUUCGAUUAUUAUCCACACCUCUUUCAUCCUUACAUCUCAAAUCCCUCAGCUAUCUGCGCGAAUACUGAUAUCCCUCAAAACAAAAGAAACAACAGAAAAUGAGAUCCACAUCCUUACUUUCAUCUCUUUCAUUACUCGCAUCCUUCCUGGCAGCAUCACACGCUAAAGGGUCAUUUCAUGAGUCACUUAAGAACCACGACAACUUUAUUACCGCGGAUGGCUAUGGACCAGAGAGAUGGGGAUGCUCUUUUAGAGACACUCAAGUACACGAGAGCAGCUCCGGUACUCGUAUCACCAUCGGCAAAGACUCUGAUCUGAAGCCUUAUUCAUGUGGCGAGCUUAUCUACCAGGAAGAAGACUUAGCGUAUGGUCACUAUUCUAUUGACAUGAUCGCCUCUAACGUCGUCGGACACGUUACAGCAUUCUUCUUGAUCGCGAAUGGAGACACAGAAAUCGAUGUGGAACUAACAGGUUUAAAUAAUAAUAUCGCGUGGAUGAAUAUCUGGCAUGACAACAAACAGAAUCCUGUCUCUGUUGACCUUUCAUUUGACACGUCUGAAGAUUGGCAUACAUAUUCGUUCGAGUGGCGGAAGAAUUAUGUGGCAUGGUUUAUAGAUGGGGAGCUCGUCCUAAACCGUACGGACAUUCCUACUACCAAACCAUGGGAUACCAAUUAUAGAUUGGUCAUUAACUCGUGGACUCAGGUCAAUCCAGAAGUCAAUAUCGAAUGGGCAGGUCAAUUUGAGUAUCCGACCGAUGGACAGGUUCCACAGGCGCAGUUCAGGAACAUCCGAUACAGACCAUAAAGUGAAGUACAAAUGGCCAUAGCACAUGUAGUAUCGAAAUUUGGCUUAGUCACAGUAGGGACUUCGCCAUGUCAUGGUGGCCGGAGAGGAAUUCAUGUGAGGGAUAACGACGAUUUGCAUUCUGUAUAACUAUAUAAAG